AUGGAUUUUUCACGUCACCUGGCAUUUCUAACUGAUAUUACUGGCCACCUCAACGAUGUGAACUUAAAACUACAAGGAAGAGGCCAACUGGUGUCUGAUCUAAUGGCACACAUUAAUGGGUUUAGAAGCAAGCUGAAAAUUUUCCAUGCAACUUUGAGAAAAAAUAACUUAUCUCACUUCGCCAGCUGCAGUCGUUUGGCAUCAGAGUGUGAGGAAGUGCUGGAUUUUUCUGAAUAUUGCCCUGAGUUGCAGACAAUUAUUGAUGAAUUCAACACGAGAUUUUCAGAUUUUGAGAGCAUCAAGAACGACGUGGCUCUGUUUAAUAAUCCAGUCACAGCAGGAAUUGAAGAACAACCGGCCAACCUACAAUUAGAGCUCCGNGCAAUCAAGUUUGAGAAACAAUAA